UUUUGGUGGUGUUUGUUUGCGCACCGCCAUUAUACCAUAGAAGAAGAUUUUGGGCGGAGUAAACACUAAUGCUUCGCUUUUUCCUGUUUGUCACUAGAUAUAGCUCAUUUUGAGGCAGUGGUAACCUUCCUCUCAGCAAACCCCAAAUUUCCCAUCAGCCACCACAAUAUUCACAGGCGCUCCAUAGAAGGUAUUUCUCAUUUUGUACUAAGGACAAACCACCCAGUUAAACGUUAGAUUAAAAGCUUGUUGAUGUAGCUAGCUAUGGUUUUUCGACGGGAUAUAAGCAAGAGGUCCGUUAACUAACUAGUCGCGCGGGCGCACGGCUAUGAGGAAUCAACGUAUCCAGUUUCCUAGCUUUUCCUACUAACGUUGGUUAGCCAGCUUCAGAAUGUCCGAGCUUUUUAUGGAAUGUGAGGAAGAGGAGCUGGAGCCAUGGCAGAGACAGACACCAGAAGUUAAUUUGUUGGGCGACGGUAAACAUGAUGAUGAUGACGACGACGAACCUAUAUUUGUUGGGGAGCUUAGUACUUCAAAGGGCACCAUUAACACCAGACCAACGAACAACCAAAGAAAUGUGAAGACCACCCCAGUUCAAAGUGGUGGAGUUGGAAGACCAAGAGCCCCUAGGAUGACAAUGACAAACAGCUCCCCCCAAGCUCAUCUCACUCAGGGUCCAGUUCCCCAGAACAUCAUAAUUCCAGGGAAAGGGUUGAACAAUGCACCUCGACCCUUAACAGCAGUACCACCACAACCCAUCAUUAUCAACAACCAGGGUUACAUUAUGACCACACCACAGUUACCGGCCAACUCAGCUUUCCUUGCUUCCCUUGGGAAACAGUAUCCCCCUGGGACAUCUUUCACUGUGGUUCCAGCAGGCCAGCAGCACAUUCUGCAGCAGGUGACUCCAGGGAAGCCUUUACCUGGGGUUAUCCACAGGCCUCAAGUGCACAUGAUCCACAACAACGUAGUGACCUUGUCCAAUGUGCAGGGCCCCGCUGCAUUGUCUUCCCAGCCCAACCGCUCAAAUUCUACCAACCUCCAGAUAGUGUCACCAGUUAUUCAAGCCAAAGGCAACAGCUGGGACUAUGGCAAACGAGGUUUACCUCAAGACCAAAACAGCACAGCUAAAAAAGCAAAGCAGGACAUGGGGUCUUCCCACGCCCAGGAGAUAUUAGAAAAUGGGGCACGUUUUUGUAAAAAAUGUCCAAAGUGUAAAUUUGAUUUCUACCAACAAGUUGUCAUGAAAGAUCACAUGGUGAAAUGUUGUCCUCAUCUGUUGGAGUGUGUCUUCCCCUCAACCCCGAAGUCUACUUACCUUUUUGCAAGCAAGCGCAUCAUGCUUGUCACAGACUUCUACUACGGUAGAUUCGAGGGAGACAAACCAAAAUUGCAGCAGCAGAAGACCCCAUUUACCUAUAAGUGCCAGAGCUGUUUGAAAGUACUCAAGAACAACGUCAGGUUCAUGAACCACAUGAAGCACCAUCUGGAGCUAGAGAAGCAGAACAGUGAGAGCUGGGAAAGCCACACUACCUGCCAACACUGCUACCGGCAGUACUCAACCCCAUUCCAGCUGCAGUGCCACGUCGAGAGUGCCCACAGCAUGGUCGAAUCUUCAACCAAUUGCAAGAUAUGUGAAUUAGCCUUUGAGUCUGAGCAAGUGCUCCUGGAACACAUGAAGGACAAUCACAAGCCUGGAGAGAUGCCCUAUGUCUGCCAGGUGUGCAACUACCGGUCUUCAUUCUUUACCGAUGUGGACACACACUUCCGUACGGUGCAUGAAAACACAAAGGAUCUCCUUUGUCCUUUCUGCCUUAAAGUUCUUAAAAGUGGUCAUGUCUACAUGCAGCACUAUAUGAAGCAUCAGAAAAAAGGAAUUAAUCGUUGCGGGAAAUGCAGGCUGAAUUUCCUCACCUACAAGGAGCGAGUGGAUCACAAGACUCAGCACCAUAAGACUUUCCAAAAACCCAAAGCUCUGGAGGGCCUUCCUCCUGGAACCAAGGUGACUAUCCGGGCCUCUCUGACAGGGCCAUCUCCCAGUUCCGCCCGUGCUGCUGACAAAUCCAGUGUCAGUGUCAUACCAGAGGUCCCAGGCAUGAAGGGAGCCAUGAAGGCAGCCAAUGUAAAAGCUCAGAGCAGUACAUCUACCACACAGGGCAGCAGUGGGGGGAAAGGCAAGGGCGCAGUGAGCAAAAAGCUCCUCAAGCAGCAGAAGAACAACCAUGUGUUGCAGAGUCUCAGUAUUGGAGACAGACGACAUACCUGCAUUGAGUGCUACUCGGAGAUUCAUGACUUCUAUAGUCACUAUCCCAUGGUUGCAAUUUGUGGUGCAUGCAAGUAUCGGACGAGUUGCAAAACAUCCUUUGGAAACCAUAUGAUAAGGUUCCAUAGUGCCAUCUCAAAAGAGAGAUUCCGGAAAAUGAGGAAAAUCCCAGUUGUCCUAAGGAAUUUAACCCUUGUCUGUCUGAACUGUGACUUCCUGGCUGAUGCGCAUGGAACUGACCUCAUGAGCAAGCAUUUGAUUGACAGACCACACCACAUCUGUAAGGUCAUACUAGAGAAAGGAGAAGGUGGUGCUGUAGAUGACGGCAUUAGAGGAAAUAAGCAAGGGAUCUCUGCUCUGAUGUUCCCUGAUAUCCAGAAUGCUGAAACUGCCACAGUGAGUGGCGCUUUUGACCAAUUCCACAGCGUUCCCAGAUUGGUGGAGACCUCCAAUGUCUUGUAUAUCACCCCAGCUGCUGAAAGAAGGGAUGGGCCAGAGGUAAUGCAUGUUCAGACCCAAGAAUCAGGAAGAGGUGCUGUAAUUCUACUAGACAACGAUGAUGCAGCAGUUAACCAGCUAGGAGAGGCAGAAGUGCAAGGGCUUCCACAUAUCUCUACAGUGGAUCAGAGCCAGGGAGUCACACAGGCUACAGAGCUAGAAACACCCAUGGAAAGUUCAGUUGAGGAAGACCAGUCUUUGCAGUCAGGGCCCAUGGAUAGAGAAACAACCAUAGGAAACUCAGUUGAAGGGGAGUGGAGAGAAGAGCAGUCUUUGCAGUCAGGCCUCAUGGAAAGUGAAACACCCAUGGAAAGCUCAGUUGAGGGGGAGCAGAGGGAGGAGCGGGCUUUGCAGUCAGCGACCAGGUCCCGCACUAGUUCUGUGGCCUGUGAGUUAGAUGGGGAGACGGUGCGUUUGCAUGAGUCAUUAAGCAAACCGGAAUCUGUGAGCUUUGACGACAGUAAGGUCAGCGCUUCCCUGGAAACCAUCCCAUUUAAGGUUGUAGACCAAGCGGUGAAAGAUAUCGUGGAAGCAAAGGACAUCUCGUCCUCUCAAAGUCCAGCUGACGUACUGCAUCAGAGGGCAGACGACAAAGACAUUCCCUCCAGUCCUAAAACACUGAAGGGAUCGGCUUCCUCGGAGUAGUGAGAAGUGGACUGGAUGUAUUUUUAAGAAUACUGCAUAUCAUUGAAAUGUAUUUCUCUUCCCAUUUUCUUAAACUUGACUGUCCUUGACCAGAUGGAGAUGAGCUGAGACGUGUUAUGUGUUUAUUAGAUUUGGCAUUUGGAAAAACAUGUAUCAUUUUUUUCUAACAUCAGUGCAAGAUUUGACUUCUGUCUGUCAAACUUACAAUUUGGUUGUAAGCUUUCAAUGAAAGUGAAAAUGGUACACUGAAUAAUUUGACUUUCUGUAGUGUCGAAAAAUACAUUCUGAAUGUUUAUGCUUUCCUUUAUCUGAACCUGUACUCAAGUGUGAAAAAUCCUUGAAAUAUCUUAACUAUCCUUCCACUGGUAGAUAUAGGCCUUUUUGUUUAUUUUGGAUACCUCCUACUUCCAUUGACAUUUCAUAGGUGCUUUUGUGUAUUUUUAAGAUACUAUAAUCCAUCACUUUCCCUUUGAUCAUCUGUAUGUCUUUAGUUUGAGAGCAGUCCAAUGGACUUGAAUCAUUGAGGGAGUUUGAGUCAGGAACUGCGGCACACCGGUCUAUGGCCCGUCACAUGAACAGGCAAAAGCAGUGGGGGGAACUGAAUCUUCUUUACACUCUUGGGUAAUUAAUUCUAAUCAUUUUAAAUCGAACAGUAGUCUGUCGCUCGGUCAUGUCAACAGGGCAGCAUGGUGCAUCGUCCAGAAACACUUUGCCAUAACUUGUUUGAAAAUUCAAGCAUUUUUUUUAUUGUAAAGGUAGAUGGUGUUUUGAUCAAAAGCAAUCACUUUUUCACUUGAAACCAGUAUCUUAUUCAAUACUCCACGUGCUUAACCUAUGUCAGAGAUGAUUUUGCCAUCAGCCAGAGUGGGGCACCUGGCUCAAAAAAGAAUGCAAUCACUUUUCAUCCAGUGCAAACUCCUCCCACUGGGGACAACUGGGCCAGGUAAUCUAAUCCCCUCAGUGUUUCCAUUGCAGUCGUGCUAACGUGUAAAUAAACUUUGGUAAUACAGUAUGAAAUCUGCUAUUGAGACUUGAUUAAGAAUGGACUGUCCAUGUUCAUUAUGGUUGAGAGAGGUGAUCAACUGUAGUCUGUAGGAUCAUCACUGCCCAGUUUACAUGAAAAGUAAUAAAAUGCAUUGAUUCCCCA